AUGCUCUCCUUCCUAGCCCGCCGCGUCCCAAGGACCCCCAUCUCACACCUGGAAAGCAUGACCCUCGAUGGCGGCCGUUCCACAGCCGAGUUCAGGCCGCCCACGGACCGCUACCUCGUCCUCAACCGCCUCCCACGAGCAGCCUCGGACCGCGAGGCCGCACAGCUGGGCCUGCCACACGCCGGCGCCACCUCAUCGCUUGCGCCGCCCUUGCACCGCCACCUCUGGCAGGACGAGAUCUUCCAUGUCAUAAAGGGCACGGCGCGGUUCACCCUCGGCACCAGCCGGUCCCCCAGCACCACGGAGAGGCUUGCCUCGGCGGGGGAGGUGGUCGUCAUCCCCAGGCGGGCGGCCCAUACGUUCUGCAACGCGAGCGAGGACGAGGAGCUGGUGCUGGAGUUUGUGCUGGACCCGGCCUCCCGGGACGCGGACGAGGCAUAUUUCCCCGGUGUGAAGCCGAGUGUCUUCCAGGCUCUGUUGUUCAUGCACCGUGGCGGCGUCGCAAGGGCUCUGCCCGGCCCCGACGGCAUCUCCAUAGUCCUGGGCAUGCUGCUCAACUACGUUGGUGGGGCUUUUAUUGGCAAGUGGCUGCUCGGCUACUCAGCAUCCUACCACGAGUACUAUCGCCCGAGGUCCCCUUCCAAGGUUGACGGAUGA